AUGAUAACAAUACACAAUGCACAAACUCAAUUGGUAGAUACUGAACAACUUUACAACAGUUUCAACAAAAAACUAAUGUUCCGAUUAGGUAUUAUUUGUGUCCUUAAAAUAAUAAGAACUCCAAAUGGAACUUCUGAAACUAUAAGCGAGAAAACGAUCACUAACUUGAAGUUUCAAUUUUCUGAAGAUCUUUAA